AUGGAGGGUCGGCAAAUGUGGGACCCCAAACCAUGGAAAACAAUCUAUACUAAGGCAGCAAAUCAUCCCCAAACAAGUAAAGCAUCCGCUCCACUGCCCAGCUCGGCUGUGCCGCCACCGGCGGCGGGCGGCUGUCGGCAAUCAACGAAGCCCGGCAGAGAGGACACCCACUUCUCGAGACAGUGCCUGUGGAACACGUGGCAGCAGUUGCUGAGUUCCCAGAUCUGGCUGUCCUUCCUCAGCCGGUACAGGCAUACGGCGCAAUUCCGGUCGUGGGACCCACGCAGCCGGUGCUCGAUUUUCUCGAGCGUCGUUAGGGAGAGGCUAUCACUCAGUAUCCUCAGAUUGCACGAAGAAGAUGAUGACGUGGACGAGCGGCAAGAAGAGGAGGAGGUUUGUGUGAAGGAAUUAGUCAAGAGGCUAAGUGCUAAAGAUAAGAGCCAUCUUGUGAGGGCAAAUAUUAAAGCUACCUUACACAGCACAAAUUGA